UUUAUCAGAGUUUUGUGGUCACAAGUUACUCGUACCAUAUCGUCUCCUAUCUCAACUCAAAGACUCGAUUUUUACAACAAAAAACUCCCGUAUCCUAUCCAUUUGCUACCAGUCCUAGAAAAUAUCAGCAUCCGGAAUUCCCAUUUGGAACUUUUUUCUUCACAACAGCAGAACUGAAACGUGUUCCAAGCCUGAAUGAUACUGGUUGCAACAGAAACAAGAAGAAAAAGGAGGAGACUAGGGCGUCACACUUGGCGCAGACAAAAGCAAGCAGUUUUGGCAUGGCCCUCGCGCCACCACCGGCUCCGGCCGCUCUCCUCCUCCUCCUCUCCAACCACUCCUCGCCUCCGCCGCCGUGCUAUCGCCUCACCCUCGCGCGCUGCUCCUCCCGCUCCCGGCUGCCGCUCUUGCCUCGCCCACGCCCGCACCACGACGGCGCGUCCCCCUCGCCGCCUCGCCUUCGCCUUCGCCAUGCCGGCCCGCUCCGUGCCGCCGCCCUGCCGGUGCCGGUCAUCGCCCCCGGCGACCACUGGGGCAACUGGGCUUUCCUCCUCUCCGCCGCCGCCUUCGGCACCUGGUCAGAGGAGACCACGUCGUGGGGCGCCGCGCUCAGCGGCGCGCUCGUCAGCAUCAUGGCCGGGCUGGCGGCCACGGCGGCGGGCCUCGUCACGCCAGGCGCGCCGGCACACGACGCCGUCAUGGAGUACCUGCUGCCGGCCACCGUGCCGCUCCUGCUCCUCGGCGCCGACCUCCGCCGCGUCGUCAGCACCACCGGCGACCUCCUCAAGGCCUUCCUCAUCGGAUCAGUUGCAACUACAAUUGGCACGACGAUAGCUUAUCUGUUGGUGCCUAUGAGAUCACUGGGCCAGGAUAGCUGGAAGAUUGCAGCUGCACUCAUGGGCAGCUACAUUGGUGGAGCGGUGAAUUACGUGGCGAUCUCAGAAGCAUUGGGCGUUUCGCCGUCAGUGCUAGCAGCCGGUGUGGCUGCUGACAACAUCAUCUCCGCGCUCUACUUCAUGACUCUCUUCUCGCUGGCAACCAAGAUACCGGCAGAAGCUAAAACUGCUCAAGACGGUGCGACGGGCGACGGCGAGGCUGAAGGCAGAAGCCGGCUGUCCGUGCUUAACGGCGGCGCGGCGGUGGCGCUGUCGUUCGUGAUCUGCAAGGCGGGGUCGGCCAUGGCCAAGCAGCUGGGGCUCCAGGGUGGCACGCUGCCGUGCGUGACGGCGCUGGUGGUCGUCCUGGCGACGGCGUUCCCGCGGCUGCUGGGGCGGCUGGCGCCGUCCGGCGAGACCAUCGCGCUGAUCCUGAUGCAGGUGUUCUUCACGGUGGUGGGCGCCAACGGCAACCUGGUGGACGCGGUGACCAAGGCGCCCAGCGUGUUCGCCUUCGCGCUGGUGCAGGUGAGCGUCCACCUCGGCAUCGUCCUCGCCGUCGGCAAGCUGAUGGGUUUCGAGAGGAAGCCGCUGCUCAUCGCGUCCAACGCCAACGUCGGGGGCCCGACGACGGCGGCGGCUAUGGCCACGGCCAAGGGGUGGAGCUCGCUGAUCGUGCCGGGGAUCCUGGUGGGCAUGUUUGGGAUCUCCAUUGCCACGUUUCUUGGCAUCGGCUUUGGCAUGUUUGUGCUCAGGAGGAUCUCUGGCGCCUAACCUUAUUAUUUUGGGUUUCCACCGGAUGCUAAUUAAGGAAUAAUCACCAUUUAUUUAAUUGGUUUAUAUCUACGUACUGGAGUACUAAUGUACUAUGUAUUUACUGCUUCCUCCAUUUUCUAUUAUAAGGUAUUUUGGUCCAAGAUUUAUC